AUGCCAUCACUACCUCAAGAACUAUGGCUUCGCAUUGCGAAACUUGCGUUCGCUGAUCUUACUUCUCUUGCUUUAUGUUCUUCUGAACAUACAGGCCCUUCAAAUGAAUGUCUAUAUCAUUCUCUCCAGUUUCCCACCCCAGAUGUCUUCCACGACAGAUGUCUAACAUGGGAGACCCAAGGGAGUCGUGUUUUCCACCUAGUUCGCAAAAUAUCCCUAGGAAAAAUACAGACGCACGAUGAUAGCGACGCUACCUCGCAUUCUUCGUAUCGUUACGACUUGCUCCUAAACUGGGCUACUUUCUCUAUUCGCUUUUCUCACUUCCGCAACCUCAACGUUAUCACCAUCGUUGGUGUACGAAUUCGGGAUGACAUGUUUCCCAUGUUGGAGGCACUAUCACAACUUACUGUGUUGUCUCUUGAACGUGUUUGUGUACAUGCUGCUACCAAUCAGCUUUCCUUUCGCUCCUCCUCCAUUCGAGACCUAUCAUUGAUCUGCACCUGUUGGCAUGACCAGAACCGAAUGGCGCUGCUUAUAAACGGUUGCCUCCUAUGUCAAAAUUUGACAUUAACGUGGAACACCUCCUACUACAGCGCCAUUCGAACGCUCCACCCUUCUGACCUGCUUAACUAUCGAAGACUCGCCAUCGAUGUCACCGGUUUCGAUUGGCCUUCCGACUCUUCAGCAGACAGUCAUCGUGCAACUUUCGCUACUUUCAUUCAGAGCUUUCGGAACAUCACUUCUUUGGUGCUUUCUGGUGACACGCCCAUUUUCAACACGACGGAUUUUAAUCCGACUCACUUUUGUGAGCAUCUAGGUUUGUUCACCGGUCCGCUACUUUUCAUGAGCGCGCUGCACCCGUUGCGGGGCCUACGCUGCGUCCGUUUAACAGACCUUGAUUUAUAUGACAACAACACCUUUAUCAACUUUCCUACGACCUUUUCGUGGACCACAUUGCGUAUUCACACAUAUAUGUGGGAUGAAGACGUUCUGAAACAUUUACUGCAAUGCUCGCACUCAUUGGCAACUCUAACUCUUAUCAUGGCAGAUGAUGACAUUGAAUGGACUGAUGUUUUUAACUUCGUGUUGUCGGUCCUCAACAGCAGACCAAAUUUGACGAAAUUGGAAAUCAACGCGUCUAUUACGCCGAUGGAAUGGCCUUCACCCUUUGUGCCCCUCCCAUUGCAACGUUCUGUUUACAAUGUCGUUCUAAAUCACGUUCAGGCUCUUCGCGAGGGUUAUCCCGCUUCUCAACUCCUCCUACUUGUUCACGGUAGCACUGGCUCCGGAAAGUCAACGAUGGUUGCCGCCUUAUUCGAUUUCAUUUCUAUUAACCAUUCUCCGACCCUUGCAUUCAAAGGCGCGGCUACUAAUCACGGUGCUGCUUUGAUAGGAGGUGUACCCAUGACUUGCAUUCCUCACUCUUCUACCAUGGAUUGUGGACAAGAAUACUUCUUCAUCGACGUAGCCAACGCCCUGGAUGUUAAUGUUCUGUCAGGCCUGUCACGCCAGCUGAACAACAUUCACAAUACGCCCUCGUCCAUUUUCGGUCGCAAGAACAUCAUUCUAUUCGCGGAUUUCUUCCAAAGUCCUCCUCCACAGAAUCGAUUCAAUGCCAUCUGGUGCCUUGACGAAUCGGUGGACUUCUUGACCCGUCCUUUUUUGUCGAACGUACUAUGGCUGAAUAGCGAACCACUGGCUCUUCUGCCACAUUCUGGCUUUCUGGAUAGAAUUCGUUUGGAUGCUCUUCAUACGGAUGACCUUCUUCAUCAGAACAAACACAACGUUGACCCCUCGACUUUUGUUGGCAACCAUGCCCAUGAAAACUUCGCGAUCAUUACCCCUUCUUCUUAUCGAUGCAAACUAUUCAACUACGUACUUCCUAUCCACGCAGCUACCACACUCGGUACCACUUUAUAUAUUCUAAAUGCGUCUGAUACGGUGUCCUUUUCCGUCGGAGCUACCUUAUCCUCAGCUGACUUAACAAACCUCAAGGCCGACAUUGCCAACUGUGGGGAAAUUCCUGGCAGAAUGGCUAUCUAUAUUGGCAUGCCUUGCUCGUUAAUCAUUGACUCCACACCCGUAUGGGGUUUUAUCUUUGAUAUUCAACUCGAUUCCCGCGAGGACGUGCUAUUGCCUAGGCCAACCACACUUGAGCUCAGCUUUCCGCCUACAUGCGUAACAAUCAAGGUCGCGAACGAGGUCCUACUACACAACCCUGAUUUACUACCCACUCUUCACCUGCAACCUGUACAACGUCGUUACGACUGGUUUGUGGAUGACAAUCAAGGAGUUAUGGGCUACGUCGUUAGGCAGCAAAUACCGAUUAAGCCCAGGUUGGCCAUGUUGGAGGAAGACUGUGAGGGUCAAAUAUUCGAUCACCUGUUGCUCGACACUGAGGACGGGAUGGAAAGUGUACGCAGUUUUUAUAUGGUGGCUAGUAGGGUUCGCGAUCCGAAUUCGCUCGCAUUCACAAAAAAAAUUGACAAACUUGCUCAUGUUGACUGGCUUCAUUCGUUGCGACAAACCAUCCUGCAAUUACAAUACUUGUAA